AUGAAGCAAUUCCGAUUCUGGCUGGUUGCUGCUGCUGCUGUCGCAGCAGAUGGGAAGAAAUUGCACCGCCAGGAUCCCCAUAAUGAAGCUAUCACCCUCAUCACCGCGAAUGCCGGCACUGGGUCCUCCAGUGCGGUGGACUUGAACACGACGCGUAUGGUGAGCCCCCUCAAGGUACCGUGCGCGUCCUGCUGCAAGAAAGACCCGGACAGCCCCGAAGCGAUGCCUUUUGCUCCAGGACAAGUCGUCUCCACCUACUACCGCGAAGAAGGCUUGCUGUCGAGGCGCAGUAGCAAGCUGGCGACGGCGACGGUGGAGCAACUGCUGGGAAAGAAGUCACCAGAUCCUCUCCCGGCAGUGGUGGUCAACAGCACCGGUGACAAGAUCACAGUGCGCUUCAAGAGCAAGUACGUGGGGGAGGUGACCGUGCCCUCCUCCUGGGUGCUCCCAGUUUGGGCAAUGUCGUUCCAGUUUGUGCCUCUGGACUGGAUCAAGACCAGCCCGAAGCCCACGGAGGUGGACUGCUCUUCAGAGGACUUCGAGGAGUGCAUCUCGAAGCUGGGAUGCAUGUGGCAAGAGCCCGUCUACAAGGAUCUCGCCUGCGUGGUGGCUGACUGGGGUGCAUGGCAGCCCUGCUCCGUGACGUGUGGGGUCGGCAAGCAGCAGCGUUUUCGGCCCCUCCCCACGCAGCGCAGCUGCCGCAAGCUGGACCCGGCACCCGAGGUGGCCCAAGACCGCUACUGCGUGAAGUCCGACUGCCCCUUGGUCCCGGGCCACUGUGAGGCACCGCCGAACGCGACCGCGGGCAACGUGUCCUCGCUGCUGCAAUUCGAUGUUCCGUGGGCUUCGAAGCGUGCAAGCCCCAAGGCUCCGACCUCCCCGCGCGCCGCUCGCGCCUCUCGGGCGCCGCCCUCCUCAGCUCGAGGAGCUCUCCUGGAGCUGCUCGCUUUGACGCAUGCAGGCGAGGACCCGCUCAAGGCGGUCCAGGCGGAGCUCGAGAAUGUGAUCAACAGCCAGUCCAGUGACGACGAUGAGGUGAAGGCCAUGACGCCGAAGGCGCCGAAGAAAACGGGCCCCUCACCUAUCGAAGAGCACCGGCUGUACAGCAAAGAGGAGACGGUCAUUGCUUUUGCUGAGAAGGGCACAGGCCUUGGGCCCGAAUGCCCUGAGUCCUAUUUUGCCUUCCAGAUUGACAUCGACGUCGAAGCCUCCACCAUCUCUGCCGCCUGCAACCCCUGCGCUGCCGGCUGUCUCCACUGCGCGGGCCCCUCCGAGGACCAGUGUCGGGCUUGUCCGGUUCCCUUGAAGCUCUUCACGCACGUGGACGGCAGCUUCAAGGCCAACGACGAGGACGGCAAGUGCGUGUUCGACGCAAGCCAGUUCGGGUGCGACCACGUGGCCGCCUUUCACCCGGAGGUGAUGCCCGAGCAUCGGGGUCAGCCGGAGUCCUGCCAGGCCUUGGGCUCCGAGGACUCGGACGAGGAAGAUGACGGGGAGGACUCGGUCGACUUGUUCCUGCUGCGAAAGCGGCAGUCGCGCAAGCGCAAGGAGCCGGAGGCGCCUGACCCCACCAUGCCCUCGCUGGAGACGCUGAUGGGUGAGCAAGGCCGUGUGGAGCAGAAGAAGCAUCUGAAGACGGAGCUCCUGGAGUGGCUCGACACGGAGAAGCUCCCGGAGACCCUCGACAUGAUCUCGCAGUAUGCCGACGCCGCUUCGGAGGGCCUCGCGCGGGAUCUCCUGAAAAACCCGGAGCUGCUGAAGCCGAUUUCUUUCGCUCUUGGCCACAGGCCAGAGGAAGAGGUGCCAGUGGCAGCUCUGGCAUCUCCGCAAGAUGAAUCCAGCACCGCUCCUGAGUUUCAGGUCCCCGGGGCCGCGGGCGCCAAUUUGAAGGAAGGAAGAUUUCAGCUGAGCUUGAUCCAGAAAGUUCGGGAUCAGAGCCGCUGGGCCCUGUGGAACCACACGAAGACCCCAUUCUUCAGCGAAGUCCUCAAUGCGGUGGCGAACAGUGUGGUGAAGGUGACCGUGGAGCUCCUUCAUCAGGGCCUGCCGUCCCCCAAAAGCUCCCAGAGGUAUGGUGUCCUCAUGCAGGAAGAUGCAGCAAAAGAGGUGGACGAUGCAGAGCACUUGCAAAGCCGCGUGGGUGCGGUGGCCCGCAUGCUGGAGGCGGAGACGGGUGAGACGCUGCAUUUCAGCUUCUUGGACUUCGCCCUGGCGCAGCAGGAGAAGGACAAGCUCCUCGCGUUGGGCGCAGACAUGGUGCAUUCUUUGCAUCGGGCAGGCCAUAUUGACACCCUCGUUGCGGAGAUUGCUUCGCAGAGAGCUGGCUCGGCAAGGGGGGGGGACGUGCAGAGCAAGUCCCACCUGGAAUCGGAGGACGGCACAGCCGUGACCUCCGGCGCCGUCUCUCUGCUGAUGACCGCCGGAACUCAGACGGUCAGCCGGCAGCUGCAGAAGCUUCUCGAUGACGGAGCUUUGGCUCUGGGACUCAGCGCCGAGGAGAAGGCGGGCGUCGGCGAGCGGCUCCAGCGCGAAGCGCGGGCCAAGGUCCUGCUCCUGAGCAGAGCUUCCGUGGCGAGGAUCGUGCAGGAAAUCUCCGAGAGUCUUCAGAGCGAGGAAGACCAGAUUGUGGAGCAGCUCCUGAACGCUCCCCGACAGGUGCUUUCCAAGGAGCUUGGCAAGCUGACCUCGCAGACCCUCUCCUUUGCGUCGGUGAAGCUUGACGAGACGGUCAAAGUCAGCGCGAUGGGAACCGAUCUCGCAAAGAAGCAGGCAGAAAGAGCCAUGAGAGAGGUGCUCCAACACUUGGAUGAGGCCGCAGCAAAAGCCAUCAAGGCGGUCGCCACCGUUGCGGGCGAAUCUGCAGAGGCUCUGGCGGCUCAUGUGAAGAAAUCCUCUGGAAAGGCCUUGAUGCAGCUGAGGACGGGCCACUGGCGCUCUGAGACAUCCAAGAUCGUUUCGGAGGCGCAGUCUUCCCUGGCCGAGCAGGUGAUCUUCGGCCGGAUGUCUGCCGGUCUCAAAAACUUUGUCGCAAAGGUCUCCGAGAGGCUCCAAAAAUUGCAGGUGCCGCCCGUCUCAACGGAGGCUUCCCCUCCGGGUGCCGUCGAAGCCGUGGCGCAGGGAACCUUGAAGAAGGUCCUGGAAGCAACUCGCUCCUGGCCGGCAGAGAUCUCCCAGAACAUCCGAGCGCUGAUCCGGGAGAAGUGCCGCGACGCGGGGGCGCUCGGGCACGUGCGGGCGGCCUUCCAGACCUUCGACCUGGCACCCCAGGAUGACAUUGUCCUCCAGUCGCUGCAGGAGGACCUCCGGCGGCAAGUCGAGGCAGCCUUGUGGGCCGAUGAGCAGGAAGCACAGGAGGCGUAUGCGGACGCCCUGAGCAGCGACCCAAAGCCCUGCCCGGGCCGCUGUUUGGAGUCCGCCAACGACCUUUCGGAGUUCCUGGCAGAUUUUGGGGCCCACGCCCUGAGCGAGGUGCAGGAAGCGAUGACGGCGCCAGAGCUGCGAGUUUUCAAGCUCGGGCGGCUGAGAUCGAAGGGUGACGAGCUCACCCUCAUGCUUGCCCGGGCAGCGGCGAACAGCUCCCAGGCCCACUGCCGCGCCAUGAGAAGCAUCCAGAAGGGUGCCAUGGCAGCGGCAGUGAAGGCGGACAUGGAGAAAGAAACUGCUCGGGCCAGUCGCACCUUGCAGAUGCACCUGGAGGACCUCGCGCUCGUGAAUGACACCGGCAUUACGGCCGAGGAUCAAGAGAGGAUGCUGGGAUGGUUCCGCACGAAGUUCGUUGAGCCGUUGGAGGCAUCCUUGGCUUCUUUCCUCGACCAGCAAGUCGCAUCUUGCUCAGUCCCCGAGACUGGUGGGGAGGCACCAAGGAAUCGCGCCCGGCUUCUCUAUCACGGAACGGUGAGGCGCCUCUUUCACGAGGUGAGCGUCACGCUGGCGGCCAAGGUGUCCAAAGACACCCGGGCUCUCAACAACCUGCUGCUGCAUGCCUUCUGGCCAACUUUUGGAGCUGAGGGCAGCACACUUAGCAAUGGCGAGUCGGGAUCCUAUCCCGGCGGUAUCAUCCUUCUUGAGGAGGAUGUUACGACUCGGAGUGACACCGAGAUCGACCUUGCCGAGACACAGGCCGUCUUGGAUGCGGGCGUGCGUGAGCUUCAGCAGUUCAGCGCCGAGUUCCUGCGACAAAUCCCACUUAUCGAUAAAGCUCUCGACCCGGGGGGCAUUCACACAAAGAUGAAGGGAACAGGAGUCUACAAAAAGGCGGCGAUAGGGGAUCAACGGGAAAUGGACAAAGCCAUGUGGAAGGCAAAGGAGAAAGCGGCGAAUGGAGCCAUCGCCAUGCUCUACGGAGACGGGACGCUGGGCAAUCCCCUGUGCCCGUUGUCGACGGGCCUCGCUGACGACCUGGACCUUGCCUACGAGAAUGCCAAGAAACUAAGGGAUGGCAACCUCUACGGUAUGUUUGACGAGUUCGGGAAGCUGCUCUGCAAGCUCAGGGGAGGAGCUGGGGAGAUCAUCCAGUUCAUCACCAACUUGAAGGACACGGCAUGGUUCCUCAGCACCAUGGUCCGGUUGGUCUCGAACCUGCCCUUGGUGGGGUGGCUCGCGAAGUUGAUAAAGAAGCCGAUCUUGCAAAUCGAAGACUUCAUCAACGACGAGCUUGUCCCAAUACGACACAAGCUCAACCACACCUUUAUGCCCAAGUUCAACAAAGGCUGCGUCUACCACGCGAACGUCACGAGGUACGUCCGAUACGCCAUCGAGGCCAUCCCGGUGCUGAAGAUGCAGGCGUAUCCCGCAAACAAAGCUGCCGAGCUUGUGGGCAUCGCUAUGAUGGUGUGCGCGUGGUUGCCCCCCUUGACGCUCAUCACCAACACGGCACUGAAGGGGCUUCUUGUGGCGGACAAGAUGGCAGGCGUGGCUACGGAUGUCGUGAGGGACGCCAUUGGCUGGGUCAAUGGCUUGAUACCCGAGAAGGUGAUGACAAAGAUCGCGCAGAUCAACAACUUCUUCGACAUCAUCAUGGCGCCCACGAGAGGCUUCAAGACGGCGCUUUUCGACGACCACAAGGUGUGUAUUAUCUUCACCUGCUUCGAGUUUUCCAUGCGGGAUCUGCUAAAAGCCUUGACGGGCUUUCUGGAGAAGAUCUUCAACUUCGCGCUGAGCCCCUUCAAGCCGCUCAUCGAAGCGGUUGGCGCCCCCAUCAAGAAGCUCCUAGACCCCAUCCUGAACAUGCUUCCGACCCCAGCAAUCUUCUUCGAUGACCUCAAGAAGCCGCAUGCGGAAGACGCGGAUUUAUCUGCCUUGGUGGGCUCAGACGUCAGCUUCCUGGGCUCCAUCGAGAAAGCCUACGAGUUGACGAAGCAGGAGGCCGGCUUCUGUUUCUCCUAUGGCACAGAGCUUCCGGCGGAGAAGGAGAUCUGCAGUGACAUCUCCUCCCGCUACGGGGAGGUCAGCAACCCCUUCGAGUGCCAGAAGUUGUGUCAAAGUGCUUGCAGCCGUUGCGUCCGUUGGUCCUUCGUCAUACUCGAUGAAGAGCGGAAGCGUGGAAAAUGCCGCUUCACCAGAGAUGACGGGUACUACCGGAUCGUGAGCGUGUCUUCUGUGAGCGGGCCUGUGACGUGCGGGGACAUCACCAAGUACCAGCCAGACGCGUGGCAAGAGCAUGUUGCAUCCUCUCUCUGCAACGACAUGGGUGCUUAUCCCGAGAUGAAGGACGCAGAGACAUGCAGGAAGGCUUGCUUCGUGGACAAAGAUUGCAAAGUCGCGCAGAUGUCCGGGGGCAUUUGCUGGACCGGCGUCGGCAAGGACGGCUGCACUAAGGCCGCAACCAGCAUGUCUGUGCACAAGACGAGAAGCGCCAAAGAGGCGCUGCAAACCAGGUGCCACGCGGCAGGUGGCGUGCAAAGGGCCGCGGAGAGCAAGAAGGCCCUGUGCCCGCCGGAUGAGGAGGACUGCGACACGUGGGCCCUCGAGGAGGCGACGAAGUCGGUGCACGGCUCCGAUUCCGAGGUCUUCCAGGAAGCUAUGGCGCUGACCGGAACCUCCUGGAACAAGUUCACGUGCGAGCUCCUGGACAUCGACGUGGAUUGCCCCAACGUGAACCUGGGAGAGAAGGUCGACAACUUCGAUGUUUGCCAGCAGCAAGGGGAUGCGUUGUAUUCGGAGCAAGACAUCCAGGAUUUGGCGGACGCCGAGGUGACGGAGCAGCUCGCCAAGUGCCGAGACGCUGCAGCCGCAGCUGUGGAGAAGAGCUGCAAGCUGGCAGGGAAGAUGAAGGGCUGGUGGGGCAUGAAGAAGUUCGGCGAUCCGUGGAAAGGAAUGUUCUGUCCUGACAAGGAGAUGUCUCCCGAGGAGAAGUGCGACUUGCUCAUCGAGCGUAUCGGCAGCUUCGAGGGCGCCACGAAGACCUCAGGCGUCCUGAAGGCGGAGAUUGUGGCCUCCUACGUUCCGUCUGAGCAGUGCGCCAAGGCGGCGGGCGACCAGUGGCUGUGCGAGCUGAAGUUCCUCAACGAAGGCGGGGGCGAAACGAAGCAGAUGGACCUGACGAACCAGAUCCAGCUCCAGAACAUGUACCAGGCAAAGCAGUUCGACAUGCUGGCAGCCGAGAAUGAGAAGGUGCAGCAAGAGCUGGCAGAGAUCCAGGGGAUGAUGGACGAGGGCUUCUCGAAGACCAACGAGAAGCUCUUCGCGAUGGAUGCGGCGGCCGCGAACCGAACUGGCGAGCAGACCAAGGAGAUCUUCAACAAAAUCGAUGCAUCGCAGAAGGAGCAGAACGCACGCCUCGCCUACAUGAUGGAAGCGGCUCAGUGCGACAGCAAGCUGCAGACAAAGGAGCUGAAGGACUUCGUUCAAAACGGUCUGGACAACCUGCAGUCAGCGGUUCUGAGCGGAACGGGCCAGCAGAUCGAUGAGGCGGUUUCGAAGAUGCAGGAUUCGAUUGCGCAGAGCCAGCGGGCGAUCCAGUCGCAAAUGGCAAGCGGCUUUCGAGAUAUGAAGGCGACGGUUACCGAGGGCUUUGACCAGGUUCAGCAGAAGUUGGACGCGAAUCGGAAGGCCAUCCAGAACCAACUGAACCAGCGCUUCAACAAAGUCGAUCAGCAUCUCGUGAAGGUACAAGGACAGCUGGAUGUGGCGCUGAAGAACCUGGACGUCGUCGACAACAGGAUCAAGGAUCUGGCGAAACAGAGCAGCCGACAGUUCGAGGAGCUGCGCCAUGGGCAGCAGCGCCAGAUGACGGCUUUGCUGGCUGUGGUCCAGAAGCUGGAAGUCCUCGAGGAGAAGAUUGACGACAUACCGGUGGCUGUGCAGGAGUCCCGGUUCCAGGACUUCAUCUACGAGUUUGAGAAGCUGACGCUCGCACUCACGCAGCUCUUCCACGAAGUUGAGGCCUUCUCCGCCAAGAGGCGCUCAGACUUGGAACACAUGAAAACCACGCAGCUCUCCUUCCGGUCUUGUGGCAGUCAGAUCGAAGAUGUGAUCCAGGCGACUAAGGCCGUGAAGGAGUCCUCUGCUGAAGCUGUCCGAGUGCUGCAGGCCUCCUUCAAGGAGGCGGUGCUUCGGUUUGCCGAAAUCGCAAUCCUGGCCGUGGACAGCGGAUUCUCCAAGAUGCACUUCGAUGCCUUGGCGGACCAGAUCGCAGAGGACCUGCAAGCCAACCAAACCGAAAAAGACCUCUUCCUUAGCGAUGAGAGCCUGCGAAGUGUCAUUCUGGCCGAUCAAGAGGUCCUCCACGGCAAGGAUGUGAAGGACAAGUGCGCCGCGUCUUGCAAGCCGCAGACGGUGAACAGCCUCGAGCCCUGCGAGUGCUCGGACGGCAGACACCCCUUGCGGCAAGUCGCGGCCAAGUACCUCUUCACCCCCGCAGCGGCAGAGGCGCUCCUGAAGUGGGCCAAGACGGCGCUGGACGAUGUGCCUCUGAAGUACUCCCUCAGCCUCAAGGACCUCUACAUGCAGAUCUCCUACAUGCAGCGCAAGUUCGUAUCCUGGGGGCUGGAGCCGCCGGAGGAGCGCCGCCAGUUCGACGCGGACUGGCAGCGAGUGGCCUUGGACUUCGAGAACAUCCGCAAGAGCUACGCGAUGGUGGACUCUAUGGAGCGCGCGGUCCUGGGAAAGCUGCAGCUCUCGAGCCGGCUCUUAGACGCCAUGGCCACGACCUGGAGCCCGGCGCCCUUGGAGUGUCAGAAGCCAGCGCUGAUGGACCUUGGCGAGUCGGAGCUCUCCAGGCUGGUUCUUUGGAGCCCCCUGGAGCCGAAGAAGGGAACCGCGGCCUGGCUGAUUCUCCGGCAGCCCUCGAGGCUGCUGCACACCUCCGCGCUCUCCUGGGUGCACGACGCCGAGGUGACCGACUGCCGGUCUAUCCCGGAUGGCUACGGCAACCUCGAGGGCCUCAUGCAGAGCGGCUUCGUCUGUUGGCGCGACGAGAAGGGCUCGGCCCAGGUGCGCGCCUUGUGCGACCCUCGUGGGGUCGGCGACAUCGUGAACACCUCCGCCCUGAAGUGGGUCUCCGAGGAGAAGUUCGCGCAGUACGGCGCGCAGCAUGCGCUGCUAACCCCGAUUGCCACCUCCAAGAUCCGCACCACGCCGUUGAAGGCCGAGGUGCUGUCCUACUGGGAGAGGCAGGUGUCCUUCAUCGUGGCGGCGAGCUGCGGCAAUGGCAAGCUCGACAUGACGGAGGAAUGCGAUUCGCCCGGGGAGGGCUGCAAGAAGUGCAAGCUGGUGCCUGGAUACGAAUGCCCGGAGCCUGGCCAAGCAUGCCGGGCAGUGUGUGGUGACCACAAGGCCGUCAAGAUGGAGGACUGUGAUGACACGGACACUGACAAGAACGACGGCUGCACCCCUUCCUGCCAGCUCGAAUAUUGCCCCAGGAAGGUGCUCAGCUUACCGGUCACGCACGCGUCGCGAGACCUUCCCGACCCCUCGCCCGAGCUGGAGCUUUGCGCCAGUCAGUCCAGGGGAAGCUUUGCCUCCCUUGAGAAGUGCGGCGAGUUCAGCGAGCUGGUCUUCGCAGGCUUCAGCUUAGAUGGCCGGUGGAUCCGCCACGACGUCCGCCUGGAGGGAACGCUCGGCAGCGCGGGGGCCGGCCCAUGGGAGGCCAAAGCCACAGGAUGGCCGACCCUGGGGGCACCCUACAAGCUCUGGAAUGACGGCCUGUCCUUGUCCGUGACAUGCAAGGGUGCCGACACCAUGGAGGGGUGCCUCUUCUGGUGCAUGGCUCUCAGCAACUCCUCCGAGUGCGUCCGGCCCUGGCUCGUGCAAACGCAUGGCACUGCCAGCCAGGAGGUGUACGCGGAGAAGCUGCUCGUCUACGGCCGCAAGUCCGCGGACUCGACGGACCUGCAAAGCUGCGCCGGCAGCGGCUCGCAGCUCGUGGUCAUGGCAUGCGGCGACAGCCACGUCACCGGGAAUGAAGAGUGCGACCCCCCGGGGGGUUGCUGUGAUAACAAAUGUAAGCUUGUUGCCGGAUGGCAGUGGCACGAUGCUGGAUGCACGGCCAUUUGCGGGGAUGGCGUGGUCCUCGGGAAGGAAGAGUGCGACCCUCCUGGAGAGGGGUGCACCGCGGAUUGCCAGCUGAUGGAAGGAUGGAAGUGGCUCCAAAACAAGGCGGUGCCCAUCUGUGGGGACAGCCUCCUCGUGGGGGCAGAGCAGUGCGAUCCCCCGGGAACCUGCUGCAAUCCUAUCUGCGAGCUCCUGCCGGGAUGGCAGUGGGAAGAUGGCUGCAAGGCGAUCUGCGGCGACAGCGUGGUUCUUGGAAAGGAAGAGUGCGAUCCUCCGGGAGACGGCUGCACCGAGGAAUGCAGGUUGAUCGAUGGUUGGAAGUGGGUGGCGUCAGAGAACAAGACGGCCGAAAUAUGCGGGGAUGGUCUGGCAGUUGGGUCCGAGCAAUGCGACCUGGGCGACUGUUGCGCUGACAACUGCACGCUGCUGCAGGGGUGGCAGUGGGAAGGAGGCUGCAAGGCCAUUUGUGGUGAUGGUGUAGUUCUUGGAGACGAAGACUGCGAUCCUCCUGGAGAGGACGGCUGCUCCGACACCUGCAAGAAAAUCGCCAGCAAGAAGGUCAACUUCCUCACCAACUACUGGAAGGGCUCGGGCCCGCUCAUCUUCCAGCCGAAGGACGCGCCCUGGUUCAAGGACCUCCUGGUGGGAGACAUGACGUGGGAGAUCCGAAUGGAGGUGCCCAGCCAGGGAAUGAAGCACUGGCCGAACCUCUUCUCCUGCAGCACCGGUACCAUUCAGUUCUGGAUGGCGGCUCCAGGCUGGCGACUGGCCUUCCGAAGUCACGACCCGGGGGAGAAGAGGCUGGACACCGCCGUCUGGGACAACCCGGGCUUCGUCGGCUCGGGUUGGCGCCACAUCGCCUUCGUGUACAAGAGACAGGAGAAGAAGUUGUACUUCUACAUCGACGGCGCCCAGAAAAUGAAGGUGUCCACGUCAUCGCGAUGGGCGACGACGGUGGAGGAGUUCGGGCAUGUCAUCAUCGGGGCCAAGACGACAGACGUGUCGAGGAUCAAGAUCCAGGCCUCCGAACUCGCCUUCUGGAGCCGGGCCCUCUCGAAGGAUGAACUGGUGGCGCGAACGAAAAAGUCGUCCUGUGUGGAUUCGACAGGCCUCAAGGCCUUCUACUCCCUGGAUGAGACCUUCGCGGACUCUCUGGGAGGCAUACCUAUGGGGGCAGAGAAAGGAUCCAACUCGGAAUGGCGCCAGUUCAAGACGCCCCCCAAGUGCUGUCACUGCGUCGAGAAGGAGUGGUUCGUCGGUGAGAAUGGGGAUACUUGCGACAAUGUUUGCAACGCAAACUUCUACGAGCGCUGUGAUAAAGAGAAGAUGGUGGCGCUUUCUAACAAUGAACUUGUGGACAAUGCCUUCCGGAUGGGUGGCUACACGUGCAAGGGCUUCCACGGACCCCGCAACUAUCCGGGCAGCCCUUUCUCCACGAGCAGGAACGAUGACUGCGCGCCCGUCACGCCUGGAACCAGCGCCAGCUCAUUGAGCUGCGACAGGAACGGCGAAGGCGGCCACAAGCCGGUGUGCGCGUGCAAGGAUAAGAAGGAAAGGGUGUGGUUCAAAGCCAACUUCGCGCAGUCCUGCGACAGCGUUUGUACGACGAACGGCUUCCGCAGCUGCGAUAAAGACAAGAUGGCCGCCCUCACCUCCAACGAUCGCGUGUCCAAAGCAUUCAAGGAAGCCGGCUACAAGUGCAUGAGCUUCCACGGAGCGAGGAACUAUGCAGGCGCCCCCUUCAGCACAGGACGCAGCAGAGACGACUGCGCGCCCGUGACGUCCGGAACCAGUCCGAGUAGCCUGAAGUGCGACCGCGUCCGCCACUCCAACACGGCCCCGCUGUGCGCGUGCAAGGACAAGGUCGUGGAGGAAUCGGAAGGCGGGGCCGGGGGUUCCGAAUGCGGCUCCAUCACUGGCUCGUCUGGGUUGAAUGUCGGAUGGAAUCCCGUGACCACGAUGUCGGAAGGAAUCCUGGCGAACCCUGGCCAACGAGACUACAAGCUGCAGAACGUCCCCUCGGUGCUCAUUGGUGGCAAGUACUGGGGCACGAAGACCUGGCCCUCCGCCGGCACGUGGACGAUCGCUUACACCGCACCCGUCACGCUCUACGUGUGGGUCAUGAAGAGUAGCUACAACGCCGGCGUCGACGCCGCCCUCGGGGGUGACGGCUGGGAGCAAGUGCCGGCGAAUGGCUUCAAACGGAGCGACAACCACGCCCUGAAUCUCUGGAAGCGGUCCUUCGCCACGGGAACUUCCUACAGCAUCAAGACCACCGCGCUCAUGGUGGGAGGCGUCGUGUCCAAGGGAUGCGAGGCCGGGCUCAAGCCCCCGCUUGUCCUCAGCCACAAGGAGGCCUUCGAGUGUGGGAAGUGCCAGCUCGAGAGCGAGGGUUCAAGCGCCGUUCUGCCCACCAACGGGCCGUUCACCAUCUUUGCCGAGGUCAACCCAAGAAGCCAAUCGCGCAAGCACCCUGGCAUUCUCGGCUGGGGAUCUUCGGGCGACAACUUCGUGGCUCUGCGCAUGAUCCCCGGACACCACAACGGCGGCCUGCAUCUAUACUGGAAGACGAAUGGCGCUUUCAAAGAGGUGGCCGUGGAGUCGCCAGGUUUGCUGAAUGAUGGCUGGAAGACGGUCGCGGCGACCUGGGACAAGAGCACCGUCAAGCUCUACGCCAACGGAAAGCUCUUGAAGUCAAGUGGCUUCAGCGGCAGCAUGAAUGCUGCGGCGAAAAGCGGCUUCUGCGCUUGCGUUGGCGAGCCUGGCCGCACCCAUGAGGCGCUGCAGGGUCAAAUGCGAAACGUCCAGAUCAUGAACAAAGCUCUCAGCGAUUCGGACGUGAAGAAUCUUCCGAUGGCAGAUUCCGCGCAGUCCGAGGGCCGCUACGGCUCGAUCAAGGUCGGCGGCAAGGAGUACCACAAGUUCUGGUGGUUUACGAAGGGCUCCUCUUGGCCUUCAGGCAAGACAGACGUCUUGGCGGAUGACUUCGGCGAUUGCCAAGCAAACGACCCGGUAUGCUUUCAGAAGCUGCCGCAGGUUUCGGAGGAUGGCUUAGAGCUUCUGGCCAAGGAUGAUGUGGGCAACGAGUUCCUGUGGAAGUUCGACGCGUCGAACAGCGUUGCCCAUGCCGCCUUCAAAGCUUUUGCGUACGGGGAGAAGACGGAGAAGGUCAGCGGCCCGGCCUGGACUCCGCAAGUGCUGAAGGGAAGUAUCACGAAUUCUGCUCAAGACCAUUUCAUGUACAGGGAUCAAGACGGAAUUCGAAGCCUGAUGCUGGACGACGAUGGAUGCGACUGCCACUCCUCGCUCAGCAUGGGCCACGCCAUGUGCAACAACGGGUGCAACCCUUCAUAUGGAAACUGCGGGAUCAAAGGAGGUGUGGACAAGCUCUCGGAUCGGUCCGAGACUGGCGGCCAAGGGUCUGGAAAACACUGCACAGGACCCGCGACGGACCAUGGGCUCACACUGUACUUCCACAAGGCUGAUGCGGACGCUGCAAAAGUGUGGUUCAAGGGUGCAAAUGGUGCGACGUGCAACAAGGUUUGCCAAGCCAAUGGCUUCGAGCGCUGCGAUCAACAAAAGAUGCUCGCGCUCACGAGCAACGACAAGGUGCGCGAUGCCUUCAAGAAAGUUGGCUACACUUGCAAGGGCUUCCAUGCACCUCGCAACUACGCUGGCACCCCCUUCUCCAAGGGCACGCAUGACGACUGCACGCCAGUUUCUCCUGGCACCAGCUCCCUGUCCUGUGACCGCAACAAAUACGGCCACCACGCGCCUCUGUGCGCCUGCAAGGAUAAGAAGGGUCGAUGA